AUGGGUAAACAUCUACUCAUCAGGUAUCCACAUACUGACAAUGUCGAGUGGGAAUUGCAAAAAGCCGCUGCCUUGGAGAAAGCUGAACAACUUUGGCAGCUGAACUGCGCUAGAGCACCUUGGGGAUGUGCGUGGUUCUCGCGCUGGAAGGCCAACAUUGACAGAGCCAAGGAGCUACAACAGACUUUGUACAUCUCCUAUUUUGAAGGCCAAGUCGGAGCUGGCAGACUUUCUUGGGAUGAACUUCAUGUUGAAGAGGCUAGACACUGUGCUGCAAAGGCCGGUGGCCUGGGAGCAUCACAGAAGGCUGAAGUGGCAUAUCUUGACAAGCUGGGGCUGUCCUAUGUGGAACAUGAAUGA